AUGGACGAUGAAACGUAUGUGAAAUUGGACUAUAAAACCUUUCCUGGGUCACAAUACUUCACUGUACGCAAGGACAAGGAUAUCCCCGAAACGGAGAAGGCCAUUUUCACCGAAAAUUUGUCGAAUCUAUUUUAUCUACAAAUUUGCCAAUGCCUUAAAAUUUGGACGAUCAAGUACCUAAUUCGAAUUUUUUAUUUCUCCUUUUUGCAGUGCCUUCAAGUUGCGACCAACGUCACCGAACAAAAGCACAAUGUUACGAGAGAGGUUCGUGGCCAAAAUCUUGGCUUGUGUAGGGGAUUCCGAGGAUGUACCGUGUGGUUGACCGGUCUCAGUGGAGCUGGAAAGACAUCGAUCGCGUUCGAGCUGGAGGCUUACUUGGUGUCGAAAGGUAUCCCUGCGUACGGUCUCGAUGGUGACAAUAUCCGAACGGGAUUGAACAAAAACCUAGGUUUCUCACAAGUAGAUCGAGAAGAGAAUAUCAGAAGAGUUGCCGAAGUAGCUAAAUUGUUUGCCGAUAGCGGAGUGGUUUCGAUAUGCAGUUUUGUUUCACCUUUUGCCGAGGAUCGUGAAAUGGCUCGACGUAUCCACAAAGACGCGGAUUUGAAAUUUUUCGAAAUAUUUGUCGACACUCCGUUGGCUGUUUGUGAAUCGAGAGAUGUAAAAGGUUUAUACAAGAAAGCUCGCGAAGGGGCCAUACAAGGAUUCACCGGUGUCACCCAGGCUUAUGAAGCACCAGAGAAACCGGAUUUGUCCGUCUCCACUGAAGGGUUAACUAUAAGACAAUCGACGUACAAGCUUAUCAAGCUACUUGAAGAUGAAAACAUCAUACCAAAGUUUAUUAAGGACGAUGAACCCAUACCAGAGUUGUUUGUUCCAGAUCAUCUGAAAGCUUCUGCCGUAACAGAAGCAAAAACACUGCCAUCCGUCACGAUAACAACUGUCGAGCUCCAAUGGCUGCAAGUGCUGGCCGAAGGUUGGGCUCACCCGUUGAAAGGUUUCAUGCGUGAGAAAGAAUAUCUACAGGCACUUCACUUCAAUUGCAUGCUGAGUGAGGAUGAAACCAUGCGUGAAAACAUGUCCAUUCCGAUAGUAUUAUCUGUUAGCGAGGAAGAUAAGAAUAAACUGAAUGGAGUCAGCGCCCUUUCGUUGGCCUAUAAUGGCCGAAUCGUAGCAAUCCUUAGAAAACCGGAAUUCUAUCAACAACGAAAGGAAGAACGGUGCUCAAGACAGUUUGGCACUGUACACCCAGAACACCCGUAUGUGAAAAUGGUUCUAGAAUCUGGUCAGUAUUUGGUUGGCGGUGAUGUCGAAGUAUUAGAACGAAUCUUGUGGGGCGAUGGCCUAGACAGCUAUCGCCUUACGCCGAAUGAAUUGCGGAAAAAGUUCCAGGAAAUAAAAGCUGAUGCCAUAUUUGCGUUCCAGUUGAGAAAUCCCAUCCACAAUGGACACGCGCUGCUCAUGAGUGAUUGUCGCAGGCAGCUUUUGGAACGCGGUUUCAAAAACCCGGUUCUGUUACUGCACCCGUUGGGUGGCUGGACCAAAGAUGAUGAUGUACCUUUGCCUGUUCGAAUGGCUCAACAUCAGGCCGUACUGGAUUCAGGCGUGCUAAAACGGGAGCACACUAUUUUAUCGAUUUUCCCUUCACCAAUGAUGUAUGCUGGCCCUACCGAGGUGCAGUGGCAUGCUAAAGCUAGAAUGAAUGCUGGCGCCAAUUUCUACAUAGUCGGUCGGGAUCCAGCCGGCAUGCCUCACCCGGACAAGUCCAUGUACCCCGACGGAAACCUUUACGACGGUACCCACGGUGCCCGUGUGCUUAAAAUGGCUCCAGGGUUAGAUAGCAUUGAAAUUUUACCAUUCCGGGUGGCAGCCUACGAUAAAUCCGUCUCCAAAAUGGCCUUUUUCGAUCCGGAUCGUAAGCAAGAUUUCGAUUUUAUCUCGGGUACCAGAAUGCGAGCGUUGGCCCGCGGCGGUCAGGAUCCGCCCAAUGGCUUCAUGGAACCAAAAGCGUGGAAAAUUUUGGCGGAAUACUAUCAAUCGCUUAAGAGUGGAGAAAAUUGAUUGGCUGAAGAAGUAUCAUGGAUAACUACGUACAGCUUUUUCAAAUGCGUUUAGUUUGCUCUAUCAAAUCAGUUAGGAAAAAACGAAGCACAGUGGCAAUAUCAUUAACAGUACUGGUGAGGUAUCUCCGAUUUCAAAGAUACCCAUCAAAAGCAACCUUUCGUUUAGCGUACAAUUAAGAUUUUUGUAGAUUCCAGAAUUUUAAUAGUGGGUUAUUUUUGUUGUUAUUUUAUUUACUAGUAAUAUGAUAUGAAGAUUUUAAUAUAUAGCUGAUAAAACUAACAUUUCUUUCGGAAAUAAAAGUUGAGUUUUAAACUUU